CAAAAUGAAGAAAAUAUGAGCGGUUUGCAUUAUGUUCUCUGCUUCUCCAGAUUAUGGAGGAACUUUGAUUUGUGCAUGUAGUUAUUAUGAGCCGCAGAUUUGUAGAAAACAUGAGAACUAUCUAGAUUAAGUUGUUUUGUUUUUUUCAAUGAACUCCUUUUGCAUGGGCGCCCCUCUCAACGACCCCCAUUGGUCCGCGAACCCCAGCUUGAGAACCAUGUGUGCCAGACGGUAGUUAGUAAUGUCUCCGGUCCGUUUUAGAUACUCGUCUUUAGGCCGCAUGUCUGCAGCGCCUCCUUGUCACCAGAGUGACUGUCCGGGCGCGCGUCUUAGCGCGCAGCACCAUCCGUGUCUGAAAGACGGAGGGAUCCUGGGUGGGGGGAUUCAUCUCUGUCGCCUCCAAAUGUGAGCUAAAACCCGCCACUUGGGCCAUGGAGACUGCGCAAAGCUGCGUGGAGACACCGGCGACUCCCCGAGCGCUGAAAGAGCGGCUCCCCAAAUCGACGCACGACGGCGAGGAUGCGCCCGAGGGGCGAGACGAAAGCAAUUUCGUGGAUUUGGAGUUCAUGGGCGUGAAGACAAGCAUGGCAAACGCGGGGAAAGGCUGUUGCUUUGGUGCAAGAAAUCAAAUGCCUGUCCCUAUGGAGAACACCAGCGCCGGAGAUCUGUGCGCAAUGGGAGCAAACGCUGAGUCGGCGAUUAAAACCGAUGUUGAAACUAAGAAGAAAGACUGUUCUGGAGUUGGGAAACGUACUGGAGCUACCGAGGAGGGUGCCCCUGAUUCGUCAACGUCAUCGGUUGCUCUUUGUAUUGACGCAAAGUCAGAGGGUCAUCCCAAACCAGGAGACAAAAGCGAGCGCGUCAUAACGCAGCCAGGGGUGUCCAGAAACGAAGACAUCAGUACAACACCGAGCGAUGAAGAAUUACACUGUGGUGAUCAUCAUCUGAGCGGGAGAAGUCACUCGGAUGAUUAUGAAGAGGAGGAUGACGUUAGUUUGGUGCUUUCUGACGACUUCGCCCCGUGUGUCGAGUCCCAUUACAUUACCACGCACGAGAUCUUGCUCUCCGAGCUGUCGGACCACGAGGGAGACUACGACCUCGGCUCCUCCACCAGCUGGGACAUUGAGGAUGACAACCAGGUGUACUCCUUUGUCGAUUACGCUUCUCUUAAUGGGGAUGGAGCGAUGGGGGACGGGGGGGACGGGGGCCAGCCUCGCUCCCAGGGCGCAGCAGCGACAGUCAGCACUCUGCUUGAAAGCGAUCUGUGCCAUGGGGCCAAGAGCACCAGCUUAGACGAGAGCGCGUCGAAGCCCCUGCAGCAGCAGCAGCAGCAGCAGCAGUGCAGUGGCAACAGCGGGGGGCAGAUCCACCUGUCAAUCAGGACCACUUCUCGAGCUAUAAAUGACCCUGGCACCAUCCAAGAACAUGGGAAUAUUGUUUAUCAUGCCAGGCGGCCCGGUGACGUGAGUCACUAUGUGUUUAGGGGAGUUGAUGGGAAGGCAGGGACAGUGUGUGACACGGCGAAGUGUUUCAUAGCUGCGCCCGGACGCGUGCACUUUGGCGGCAAAUUGAGGGGGAAAGAGGUCACCGAGUAUUCCAGCGGUGCGUCCAGCGCCGUCAGCGAGCUGGACGACGCUGACAAGGAGGUGCGUAACCUGACAGCCAAAGCCUUCAAGAGCCUGGCUUACCCAUACUUGGAUGCCAUCAAUUUCAGCACCUCCAGCGAGUCCUCCGCAUCAGAGCAUGGGAUAGGGAUAAACAGGUGGUCAACGUUUGUCGACCUGAAAUAUGGCAACAUGAACGUGUCAGAGGGACUGGAUCAUAGUGUCGUUUCCCACCAAAAUUCUACGGCCUCAUUUGAAAUAGCCCAAAACAUAGACAAUAAAGGAUACAAGGGUGUUGCACUGGCAAGCAUCAAACCGCCCACCAGCAAGCUCUUUACUCUGAGUGGAAACCCCCACGGCUCGUCGUCAUCCACAAAGCAAAUAGAGCUGAUGGGGAAAUUCAGCCAGGGCCACAGUGGGGUGAUCACACUCACAGAAACUCUGAAUUUUCAUUGCAAUGUCAAAUCGGGAAUGUCCGGCGGAGAAAGGCGCACCGACUUUGCACAAAACGCUGCAGGAUCACCUUCCACAGAUAAAGUUACCAAUAGUUUGCCAAGCGGCCAGAGGAGAGGGGCCAGCAAGCCGCCGUCUACAACCAUGGAAGACUCGCACAAGAAAGCCAUAUUCGCCUCGAGCGUGAUCAAAAAUGUGCUUUCUAAGAAGAUGCAGUUCGAGCAGGAGCGCAAGAUGGAAAGAGGGGAGAUACGGGAGCCGCAGCAGGCGCCUUCUCCGUGCUUUGCGCACCAGGAGCGCGACGGCCACAAGGGGAAGGGGAGCAGGGAGUUGCACAGACAGAGCUGCAGGUUUUCGGAGAGCAGCUCUGACUACGCCAUAAUGUGCCUGGAUGAGUUAGGGGACAUUGUGGACAGCGGCUCAUGUGAUACCAGGAGCGACUGUCGGAGACAAGACGCGGCCGCUCCCGCUCCAGAGACUAAUUGGGAGCCGACGUGUGAGGUUGGAAGCUAUAUUAAAAAAGGCGCAUCGGAGGCGUCCAAGAGCACGCUGCUCCGCAGCCAAAAUAGCGCGUUCAGAUGCUGGAAGGACGAGGAGGUAGAGUUUCAAAAGGAGUAUAAAAACGACAAAACCCAAGAGGAGAAGCCGCCAGCAGCUCACGACAAAGAGGGCGAGGGGGACCGCUGCUCGGCGGGCCCCGGCAAACCGACUAAAAUGUCACAUUUGUUUGUGCCAAGUAUCCAACUGCUGUCCAGUGACGGGGAAGUCGGACAGCAGCUGCAGAACAGGAGUUAUUCUCAAUGUGGAGACGGAGGAGGCGUUAAACUGCGCGCUGAGUUGAACAGCUCUUUACGCGCCGCAGACUCCAGGAGCGUCGCCACAUCCAAAUCUCCGGAGAUCAAGAUUAAAUUGAGGAGCGUCAGGGACAAUAAAGCGGAGCCUUUUGGCGUCUCCAAGCUGCGCACUCCUAAUAUAGGCUGUAACGCCGCCAGCCUCGCCAGGGCGAAUGACUUCACAUGCCAGACGCUGGCCGCGUCUUUGAAGGGUGAGUCUUCAGAUAAAGUGCCGCAAUUCACGGUGAGAGACAUCAGAGAUAAUAAAGGGAAACUGCAGACGCCCAUUCACCAAGUGCGAGACGUGCGUAAAUUGGUUAAGAGCUCGUAUCACUUUGUUUCUUUGGAUAACAACGAACAUAAACACCCUGAGCAAAAUAGGCAAACUCCCCGUCAAGAUCCCAAUUCCGUGUCCCCCAUUGUGAUCAAAUGUCAGUCUGUGAAUACAAAUAGUAACGGAAAACCCUGUGGAAAUCUUGACCUAUCUAAACGGGAGCCCUUGGACAGUGACGGAUCGUCUCCAGAGGGCGCCACGAGUGCUCCGCUGCAAUGGGCUGCAGGAAGAGCAGCCACAAAUGAUUCCUCAGAGGGGGGCGUAGGUGUGAGAGUUGAAAGCAGUCUAUCGUCAAAGAAACAGGACAAAAUACCAGAUGUGGCAGAGAAGAAACCUGAAUCAAAGAUGGGCAACCUGGUGGCUUUUGAAAAACUCCAGGCUGCCGUGAAGACCAUGGAGCAGCUUUAUGUGUUUGACAAAAAUGAAUGGAAAAGGAAGAAUGAGCUGCAGCCCCUAACAGACAGCCACGUGCUCUCACUGUUAGGCAGCGAGCAGCACGGGGGACCUGAGGAUGACGGAGCGAGAAAAGACUCGUAUCCCAACAUGGACAAGGCGCCACCAGCGGUAGCAGCAUCCCCCAGUGGUGAGAGCCUGCUGAGGCGGGAGGACAAAGACCCUCUGAAGGGCCUUCAGAUAUCCAGUGCACGUGAUGACAGGCUGUUUGCUAAGUCAACACAAGCCACUGGCAUCACAGGCAGCAAAAACAUGUUCAGCCUCAGCUCCAGCCUUAAGGCUUCCACGGCCGCAAAGGUGACUGAGCCAAACACCUCCACACAAACACCUUUCAGUGCCAGACACUUUGUCCCAAAGUCGCCCGUACUGCCUGUGUCAUGUAAAAUCAGCCAGCAAAAGGUAAGCGGAAAUGAAGGAGCUGAAUCGAAGGAGAUGGACAGAACUUCACAGUACAAUGAGAACUACUUGACCAUUCCGGUCAAGUCUCAUGCCAGCAGCAGCAAACAGCCGCCGUCUGCAGAUAAAACAUCUGCACACACACCCACCGCUCACUCAAACCCAACCACUCCUCCAGGACACUUGGGAUUUGCUGCCACGGGGCAGGGGUACCACAACCAGACCCCCAAUUGCUCCAGCAUUGGGAUGGAGGCAUGCUCACCAGGGAUACAUUCUGCCACAUUCUACCACUCCUUGCCGUUGAGUAUGUCCACCAAUCAGCCACAAGUGUACUGCUUCUCCCCAGCAAUCACACCCGCUCCCGCCCUUGACCCCUUCCAGGCCACCCAGAGAAAGAUGCUCCUGGAUCCCACCACAGGAAACUACUACCUGGUGGACACCCCUGUGCAGCCGGCGACCAAGCGCCUCUUUGACCCAGAAACGGGCCAGUAUGUGGAUGUGCCCCUGCCACAGCCCCCCAUGACCCCGGUGCCCAUGCCAAUCUCCCCCUUGGCCCUCAGUCCAGGGGCAUAUGGACACACCUACAUGAUCUACCCAGGCUUCAUGCCCACACCCUCAGUGAUCCCGGCCCGGACGCUGGUGCCGUCACAGAUGUCAGUGCAUUCAGAGGUGGAGAGUGGCGAUAAAGCGGCAUCACAGCAGACUGAGGGCAUUUACAUGGAGAGUCCCUACUAUAUGGCCACGGGGAGGUCUCCCCUGGCGGCCACUGGAGCUCAGCAGCAGGUCUCCUCCGGCAGGGCGCAGCAGGGCUUCUCCAGCGCCAAGCAGCCGGUCAUCAGCCUCACGUCCCAGCAGGGGCCCCGGAUCAUUGCCCCGCCCUCGUUUGAUGGCACCACCAUGAGCUUCGUGGUGGAGCACAGAUAAACCGCAGCUCACAUAGACAGGUCUCAUGGAAGGCCUGAUGCCAAUGAUGCCUCACUGAAUGACUCUUUGACUUUGGUGAUUCAGAGCCUUGCGUCGAGCCGGGGUCUCUGGACCCCUUUGCAGCUUUGAAACAUUACAUGAACCUUCUGGAUCGACGGUGAAUGUUGUGAGGGUAAAGUCGUUCAGAGAAAAGCUGAGAACGUUUGAGACCUUUGGAAUGAAGUGGCGAGUGCACAGUGGGGGAGUGGAGAAAGAAUUGUUUGACUUUCACGAUGUCUUGUCCAAAAUGAAAUGAACAACUGCUGAAUAUGGCAAAUCUUUGUUUAUUUUUUUUCCCCCUAAACUGAUGUGUAUUGCAAAUGUACAGUUUUUGUUCAAAACUGUGUUACAAAUAUCGAAUAGGAUGCUGCAUUAGGUAGGCUACUGUUUGUAAAUGUUUUUGUGGGUCUUUGAAAUUCAACCUGUCUGUUAUCACUAGGUGGGAGACCAAAUGGUUAGCCUUCCUUAGCAUAAGGACUGGAACAGUGGGAAACAGCCAGGCUGACUAUGUCCAAAGAUUUUGAAAAAUACAUCCACUAAUAUCCCUAAAACUUACUGAUUAACAAUGCCUCUCUACUUAACUUCUACAGAAAUGGGGGAAAAAAAAAUACAACUUGUGGAUUUUUUGGGAGUUACCUGCUGGAUAUGUUGAACUGUUCCUUUGAAGUAGGUAUGUAUAUAAGUUCUUCCAGGUUUGGGAUUCAGCAUUGGUAGAAUUUAUUACUGGAAAGCGCUAGAGCUCGGUGAAUAACACAGACGUAAAAAUUACAAUGCGUGUUAAUGGGUGCAAUGACUACUUGACAACAGUGAUUGUGUGCAGCUUCGCAGGCUGGUCGUCACAGGUUGCCAGGUUUGGUACCAUCACGUGAGAACAAAACCCAACAAAAGUUCUAACAAAAGUCUCAAAGAUAUUGGUCAGAUGGGCCAAUUGAUAAACAACUAUUCAGUUGACUGAGUAAACACUUCUGCCCCUCCUGAACAGACACUGGCCUUAAAGAACUGGAGAGACUUCUCAGUGUAGCACAUGCAAAUAUAGAUGUAAAUAUUAAUGAUGUUGACACGCCAACAGCAGACAGCGGCUGGAAAAUGAGGCACACCAUGUCAUCAGAGAGGUGGAAGGAAGCCAGAGAACAGCUCCUGUACAACAUGCUAAGAGCAAACUGCAUAAAACCGCGAGGUACUCUGAUGCUGAGAGUCUGAUUAUAACAAAAAUGAACAAUAAAGGAAAUAAUAACCCCAUA